ACACGGAAGCAUGAGUCUCGCGGAAGAAAAGCAAAUUCUGAGAAACAUAGACACUCAUCAGAGAGAUGCUGAUAAAUUUCAGUCACUAGAAGUGCUUAGAAAUACUGUAAUUUAAGGACUUAUAAUCUUUGAUUUGAUUAAAAAUUUAUACGAGUGUUGAAAAUUUUAAACAGAUCAAAUGGGUUACUCUGAGAAUCAUUGCCAUAAGCUACUGAGAGAAAUUGAACAAUUCCAAAACCAAAAGAAAAAAGCUGAUGCCAAUGCUUCUGCGAAGGGGAAGAUUCCGGGCUAUGUAUCGAUGAAAAACGCCAUAAAGGACCAAAUCAAGGUGUUCUGUGAUGAAUCUUCGGAGAACAGAAAAAAAGAGAUGGCAGAAUGUACCAAAAUUAGAAAUGCAGAGAAAAAACAAGAGGCCAUAAACCAAGAAUUACAUUCUUUGAAAAGAAAGUUGGGAGAAAAGCAGAAGAAAAAGGGUGAAGUAUAUGAAUCCAUUUCUAAACUGAAGCAGUUAUAUGAUGAAGAGCAUAUAUUUUAUAGGGUUAAGGAGAAGAGAGGGGGAAGGGAAGGGAAAGGGAAAGGGCCAUCGCCGCUCCUCCUCGCCGCUGCCGCUCCUGCUCCUCGUCGUUCAGUCCUCGUCGCUAGAUCUCACCGUGAGGGUGGACGUCGCUGCUCCCCGCCCUCGCCGACGUCAUCGCCUCACCCUCGCCAUCAUCGUCGCCUCGCCCUCGCCCUCAUCUCGCCGCACCUCCUUCUCAUUGUCGCACCUCUUUUUUGCCGUUGCACCUCGUCUCGUCGUUUGUUUUGGUAA